AAAAAUGCUCCCCACCACUAGUUUCUAUGGCCUAAGGCUGAACACCACACACCCCUAUCUCCAUGACUGUACUGUGUAUAGCGUGGCUACUAUCAGUCACAACUGAACUGAACAUAACAUCCAUGGCUACAACAAUCUCGUCCUUUGUCUUUCUAAAAUCCAAUACCUCAACGCCUUGUCACAGCAAAACGCUGUUCACGCGCAAUGCUUUGUUGGGGUAUGGAAUUGGAGGACACAGAACAUACAAACCCAUAAAGGCUCAAUCCGAUGAUGUCCGAAAGGAACAUGUCGUGAUCGUGGGUGCUGGGAUCGCAGGCCUUGCUACUGCUCUGUCCCUUCACAGGCUUGGAGUUCGGUCCCUGGUGCUGGAGCAAGCAGAGUCCCUUCGAACAGGUGGUACCUCACUCACCCUUUUCAAAAACGGUUGGAGGGUACUCGAUUCAAUUGGAGUAGCAAAUGAUCUCAGAACUCAAUUCUUAGAAAUUCAAGGUUGUGCAGGAUGGUUGUGAAGUCCGAGGAUGGGAGGGAACUACGAGCCUUUAAUUUCAAAGAAGAGGAUCAAAGCCAAGAGGUGCGUGCUGUGGAGAGGAGAGUACUUUUGGAAACCUUGGCAGAUCAAUUACCUCGAGAUACAAUUCAAUAUUCUUCACAAUUGGAAAGGAUUGAAUCAAGUCCAAACGGUGAUACCUUGUUGCAACUUGUUGAUGGGUCUAAGCUGCUUGCAAAGAUUGUGAUAGGGUGUGAUGGGAUUCGAUCGCCAAUAGCUAAGUGGAUGGGGUUUGCCGAGCCCAAGUUCGUUGGUCAUUGUGCUUUCCGUGGUCUUGCUUCAUAUCCAGAUGGACAACCUUAUGGACCAAGAGUGAAUUAUAUUUAUGGAAGAGGGUUGCGGGCUGGCUUUGUUCCUGUUUCUCCAACCAAAGUUUACUGGUUCAUCUGCUUCAAUGCUCCAUCUCCAGGUCCAAAAAUAACUGAUCCAUUGGUGCUGAAGAAGCAAGCUAAGGAACUAGUGAAAAAUUGGCCUUCAGAGUUAUUAAACAUAAUGGAUUCUACACCAGAUGACACGGUCAUUAAGACCCCAUUGGUGGAUCGGUGGCUUUGGCCAGCCAUAAGUCCAACUGCUGCUUCUGGUAGAGUUGUAUUGGUUGGGGAUGCGUGGCACCCAAUGACUCCAAAUCUUGGCCAAGGAGCUUGUUGUGCACUAGAAGAUGCAGUGGUUAUAGCUAAAAAGCUUGCUAGAGCCAUCAAAUCUGAAGACCCAUCUGUCGAAGGAGCUUUCAGAUCAUAUGGCACUGAAAGAUGGCCCCGUGUAUUCCCACUAACUAUACGUGCAAAUCUUGUGGGUUCCAUUUUGCAGUGGGAGAAUCCAUUGGUUUGUUCUGUUAGGAACAACAUUGUCAUACCUAAGCUAGUCAGGCUAGGACCAUUGUUGGAGCAUACAAAUUUCACUUGUGAGAAUCUAUCAUAAAGAA